CAGGAUCCUAUUUAGCCUUGACUUGCAGAGAGUCCCAGUAAGGAAGCAUUUACCAAGUUGAUCCCAGAUGGUUCCAAUAGUUUGGUGAAGAAUGUCAGGAAUUUAAUUUAUGUGUUGUGACUGAAUAGAGCUCAUGCACAAUCCUGCUGGUGGUAGGAGUGAUUAGCGUGUUGCAGGGAGGAAUACACUGACUGGGCUCGAGUCCCCAUGACUGCCCACUGGAGGAAUCCCGUAGGAACCCUGCUGGGGGUGUUCGUAGUUGGGGUGGCAGUGUUAGUGGCGGCGCUGCUAAUCAGGACGUACACCCUGGCAGAAACCAAAAGAGUCUGGCUGGACAAAGGGGCUCUGGGAGCCAAGCUGACCCAGAAAGAGAGAGAACAAAUCCUAGAGGCACUGAAAGGUGCAAUCCGUAUCCCCACUGUAUCAUUCUCAGAAACAGAACAAAACAACACAGCCUUGGCAGAGUUUGGACAAUAUAUUCGCAAAGCCUUCCCUCUUGUCUUCUCUUCCAGUUUAAUCCAACAUGAAGUUGUGGGUGGUUACAGUCACCUUUUUACCGUUCGAGGCUCAGACAGCAAUUUACAGCCAUACAUGCUUCUCGCUCACUUUGAUGUGGUGCCAGCAACCCCCGAAGGCUGGGAGGUGCCACCAUUCUCUGGUGAGGAGCAUAAUGGAUUCAUCUAUGGAAGAGGAACUAUUGAUGACAAAAACUGUGUGAUUGGAAUUCUACAGGCACUGGAAUUACUCCUGAAGAGGGGCUACAAACCACGUCGCUCCUUCUACAUUGGAUUUGGCCACGAUGAAGAGAUCUCAGGUAAUUAUGGAGCCGUGAAGAUUGUGGAGAAGUUACAAUCCCGGGAAGUAAAGUUGUCAUUUCUAUUGGAUGAAGGUUUGGCAGUUCUUGAUGGUGUAAUCCCUGGCACAAAGCGACCCAUUGCCCUGAUUGGUACCACAGAGAAAGGUCAAAUUUCCUUGAAUUUGUCAGUGGAAAAACCUCCUGGUCAUUCUUCAAUGCCGCCUCGUGAAACCAGCAUUGGGAUCCUUUCUGCAGCUGUGUCCAGACUGGAGAAGAAUCCAAUGCCCAACCUAUUUGGUAAGGGCCCUGAAAGAUCCAUGUUUGAGGAUCUAGCAGGAGAGUUUGUUUUCCCACUCAACAUCGUGAUGGCAAAUCUGUGGCUUUUCUCACCGAUCGUUAGCAGAAUUCUGGAACAAACUCCUUCGAGUAAUGCCCUUGUUCGAACAACUACAGCUCUCACUAUCUUCAAUGCAGGAAUUAAGUCGAAUGUGAUCCCACCGAUUGCCAAAGCUACUGUCAACUUCCGAUUGCACCCUGCACAUACCGUGGAGGAGGUGUUGAACAUUGUAAGAAAUACCAUCAUGGAUGAGCAAGUAGUGCUUUCAGUUGUCAGCGCAUUUGAUCCACUUCCAGUUAGUCCUUAUGAUGAGGAAAACUUUGGGUACCAAACACUGAAACGCACUAUCCAUGAUGUGUUUUCAGCAGCACCAGUAGCUCCAGGUGUGUGUGUUGGGAAUACAGACAGCCGCCACUUUGUAAACCUGACUGACAGCAUCUACCGGUUCAGUCCCAUAGUCAUGAAACCAGAAGAUUUAAGCAGGUUUCAUGGUCUGAAUGAACGGAUAUCAAAAGAAGGGUUUGAAGUUGCUGUACAGUUUUAUUACCAGCUGAUUCAAAAUUCAGACUCUGAGAAAGUGCCCAGGCCUCAUCAUAUACCAGAAGAAUUAUAGUCAGAAAUGGAGGGACUUGAAUAAUGUUAUGGAAAUGUAGAUUCAUUUUGAGACUGGAGAAGUCAGUAUAAGUUGCAAUUUCAGUUGAACUUCAGGACACAACUUGAAGCAUUCAUUGUGUUAAGCUAUUUCAAUUGCUCAUGUCUGAUUUGUUCAUUCGAAAAAGCUGAAAGUAUGUAAAUUUUUGCCAAUAAACUUGAUUUUCAAUGGG